AUGUUAGGAACGGGACUAUGGGUUUUGGUGAAGGUGUUGGUACUGGCGGGGGUGGCCAUCGCGCUCCUGCCAGAGGAUCUGGAGGAUCGUGUCGUUCCGACCAGCCUCCAGGAGGAAUGCGCUUCCAAGUGCCCGGAUCUGGAUCUUAUGCAGAAUCGAACAGACGAUUUAAGCUCGGAGGUGGGAUGCGGAGUGAAAUGUAAGAUCGAUCAGUGUACAAAAGGCUGUGAAGCAUGGGAACGAGCGCUCGACACAAGCUGCCAAGCUGUUUGCAAUGGAACGCAAGAAUUACUACCGCCAAAGGAAUUGUACUGCGUUUUGGGCUGCCACGACGCGUUAAAUCGUUACUUCCAGCAGCUCAAAGCGGAAAUCGGCACUCCACCGGCACCAGCAUUGGUCGCGGAUUCAUUGACGGCGACCUCGCUCAGCCUCGAAUGGAAAGGCGUAGGUAAACGUGCCGGAGGCAUAUCAUACUUAGUGCAAUGGAGAUACGAAGAGCUAGCUGAGACAUGGCAGUACUGCAGGAAUCAAUCAUGGGGCGAAGGUGAUCAAAUACUAGUCGAAAACCUACAACCGUAUACUAAAUACAGGUUUCGCGUAGCACUGUUCCUGAAAUCGUCGCAGCAUAAUCCGGAGCCGAUCGUGUCAGCGCCGAGUGUGGUAAUAUUAACAUGUCCGGCCGGUUUACCUACAUCAACACCGGUAAUUGUAAGAACGGCGGCGGUAGACAGUUACCGCGUAUCUGUAUCUUGGGAACCGGGCCCAUUCUCGAACGGGCCACUUUUGUCCUAUGUCCUGCGUCUGCAAGGGGCUGAACAUUCCCAGCUUAAGGAUAUUCCAGCCACCGGGGAUUCCAAUCACUACAUGUUUCAAAAUCUCGAACCUAAUCAGAAUUAUUCUGUCAGUGUGACUAUGAGAAAUGGAGUUGGCGAGGGUCCACCUGCAAUAAUUUAUAUCUCUACGACUCGAGAACCUACUGUCAAAGAUACGCAACAGCCGAUUCUCAUCCUCGGUGGCGAGCAUGUGGUCAUGAUGCAAGGCGCCGAUAUGUUGGACGAGCCCAGCAUCGUUUACGAGACCGAGAGUGAGAUCCGCGGAGUGGCAAUACACGUGGCAUCCGCUCAAUUAUUCGUUUCCACUUCGAUGGGUUACGUGUAUCGUACCUCGAUUAUCGAGCGAUCGGAAGCGGAAGCCAUUCUGAAUCCUGAUCGAAUGCACUUCAAACCAUUAAGUCUUUCCGUCGAUUGGCUGAAUCUUCACUUAUACAUAUUGGGAGAGGUAAAACACGCGACCACAGUAUGGCAAAUAGCCAGAUGCAAUUUGGAUGGCAAAAGUUUGACAGUAGCUAUGGCUGGAUUCUUGACCCGACCAUUGCAUAUCGAAGUCGAUCCUUACAAUGGGUACAUCUUUUGGGUCACUAAAGCAGGAUUGUUUAGAUUAGAUCUGGCCGAUAUCAGCAACGGUGUGAAACACGAGGUUCAACCAUACUUAAUUCUUGAGGAUGCAAAUUUGGGGGCUUUCACGGUAGACCAUAUGAAUUUUCGAUUACUUGUUCCUCAUCACACUAAAAAUACAGUGCUAUCGGUGACACUGGAUGGUCGUGAAAUUUUUGAUCUGCGCUCCAAUACACAAAAACCCAAAUUCAAUAACGUUGUUUCUUUAGCUAUGGCAAAUGGUUUAUUUUAUUGGACUAAUGGUGAAGAUGUUCUUACCGAAGGCUAUCAUCAAAAGCAAAAUAGAUAUUUUCACAAUUCCUAUCUUGACAGGCCCGACACUUUCUUCGUCAGUGUGAACGUAUUGAUGAAUGCAAGCCAACCCGUUUCCACCCCAAUAAAUCCACCUACAGGAGUACAAGCUGUCCUAGGGGCGGAAAGAGCAAAGGUCUCCUGGCAAGCUCCUCAUUUACUAGGUUAUCAAGGCAAGGGCGCUUGGCAAGACUGGUCAUAUGAGCUUGAAAUCAUAGACGAAUCGACUGGCGAAACUAUUCAUCAGAAAGAUAUAGUUGGACUGUCACAUACUGUCUACAAUUUGCGAGAAAAGUCGGAAUAUUCGAUCAAAGCUGCGGCAUAUACGAAAGCUGGUAGAGGACCAUGGUCCGCGGAGUUCCGCGGGCGAACUUUAAGGAAUGGUUCGCGCGCGUCUAUCUUGUGGUCGUCGAACGAGGAACUUUUGAGGAGUGACGUAACUGGAGAAAAUAUAAAUACGCUCGUUUCUAAGCCAGAUAUGAAGGAUUCCGACAGCGAAUUUCAUAUCGUCGACGUUAGUUGGUACAAGGAUGUACUGUACAUAGUAGGAAAUAAUUCCGCGUUAUAUCAUUAUAACGUUAGCGACCAUCAGAAGAAGAAGCUUAACAAUCAUUCGGUGGGAAGUGUUGCCGUGGACUGGUUAUCAAAGAAGCUGUAUUGGGCGAAUCCAAAGCAACAGAUAAUAACAAGAGCAAACUUGGAUGGAUCUCAACAAGAGCCGAUGUCUAUCAUAGCAAUUGUGAAAGAACUCAUGAUCGACUCUCUAGAAGCAUAUUUAUAUUGGUCUACUGGUCACGCUGUGGAAGUUGUACGAUUAAAUGGACAGAACAAGAGGUACUAUCAUUCGGACGAAAUUUUUAAUGGCAAACAAGUGAUGGGAUUGACGCUCGACACCGAAAAUAGAUACGUCUAUUGGAUCGUUCGAAGCUACGAAAGUGGAUCCAUCGUUUAUCGAGCACCUACAUCCGAAAGAAUUCCAAUGAAUCAGAAAAUCGUUCCGGAAAAGGUUUCUGCUUUGAAAGAUCCAAAUGUGCAAGGACCUUUAUGUUAUUUCUCUGAACACCUGCUGUGGCUGCAGGAUGGUACGAAUGCGGUAAUCGGCGAUCUCUCCGGUCAGAACACCGCCGUGAUCAAUGGAAUCACUUUGUCCGGCUUACACAUGGUGGCCGUCAUGGAUCCCGCACUUCAUCAGUACCCAAAAAAUUUAACAUCGGAAACCGUAAAGGUUUCGCCAGACGCUGUCGACUUUAAUAGUAUAAGAGUCGAAGGAACUUGGAGAAAUUUUAACAUAUCAUGGGAUCCAGUGAAAAAUGUUAAUUAUGGCACGGUUUUCUACGAAGUAAAGUUCGCGGAUUACAUUAAUACAAAUUCGAACCCGGAAAUCACGAUCGAAACGACAAUACCGUACAACAACUCGGACCAGAUCCUCCCUUAUUCCGUCCUAGAGGUUACUGUAAAAGCUUUUACUUACUGGGAAACGGCGCAUAAUUCGCGAAAAAUUUUGAAAUCGCCACAGAGCGUGCCGACUCAGCCGACGUUUCCUAGGGCGUUCGUGGACAAAGAAUUCCGCCAUGAGUUCAUAACGGACGAUCGUCUUGUGAUAUUCAGAUGGAAUCAACCUCAGUUUACAAACGGAAUUAUUCAAGGAUACAUGGUACAGUGUUCGUUUAUUGAGGACGAGAAAGAAAUUGAAAUCUGCAACGAUCAAAGCAUCCCAGCUUCGACAUUGGAGUACACAAUACGAAAUCUAAGACGCAACAUGACAUAUUACUUUCGAGUACGAGCACAUACCAAAAUUGGUGCCGGUCCUUACACGGAUUUAAUCAACGUGUCGACUACGUACGAGAAUCCGGUGCCCCAAUUAUUGGUUGCUACCGCGGAUGCUGUGAAAAUAUCCGAUUUGGAUCGAGAGACCAAUAACUCGCUCACCAGACAUAGCGCAACAGACGUCAAUUACCUGGAAAUUGAAAACAAAAUUUAUUGGAUUAGUGAGAUGCAAGAGUUAGUGACGUCAGAGAUCAACGGAACCAAUGUCACAAAAAUACUUGCCUUGAAAAAUAGCGCACACAGCCUCUGCAUCGACUGGAUAGCAAGAAAUCUGUAUUGGACGGAAUACGAAUAUAACAGUACCAAUCCAUGGGAAAGCAGCGGUUACAUUAUGAAACUGGACUUAAUAAUGUGGAAAGCUGGUGAAGUUAAAUACAAUAAUAUCGUAAGGAGAGGAAGAUACAUUCCUGUUUUAGAUGUAGUGCCAUCUUUGGGAUCUUUAUACUGGAUUGAAGCAACAAAUGACCGAGGUAUAAUAAUGCAAUCGGAUCUCGACGGGAGAAAUGUGCAACCAUUUUUCAAAAAUAUAAAUAAUACAUGUACCUGCCCGUCUAGUUCGGUAAUGCCCAUGAUGACGGUUGAUAAAACUAAUAUGCAGAAACCGGUGAUAUACUGGAUAUCGAUGGAGGGACAUUUAAACGUAGCUGACAUUCAUGGUUGCAUGUGCAAUGUCAUAUUAAGUGUAGGUUUCAAAACAGCGACUCUCACGUCUCUUACGGUUGACAAGAUGAACAUUUACUGGUCCAAUGUAACGGAAAAUCGAAUCUAUUGCAUAAAAAAAGAAUAUCCUUUCCGUGUGAGCAAGGAAAACAUGUCCAAACCGGAACUGAAGAGUCUCUAUCUGCCUAAUGUACGUCACAUCACAGCCUUCGGCAAAUCCCUGCAAGCUUAUCCUACGACGAAAUGUCUGAUACCUCGCCGAAAAGCUUACACUAUCGAGCGAGUAAAGGCAACAGAGAAUAGUAUCGUCAUUAAUCUCCCGGAGAUGAGCUCCGAGGUCGGUUGCGAGAAAUACAGUCUACCCAGCACGCUGUACAUUAUCCACGUGCUCCACUGUUUGAAGGAGUGCGAAGGUUUCGAGCUGCAGACAUACAAGCGACAUUACGAGAUUCAGAAUCUAAAGCCGUUCACGGAAUACAAGCUGCAGUUGACGCUGAGCAAUGUUUACAUCAAACAAUUUAAACUGUCUACCUUAUCAGGCCAGGAUGUGAUCCUGAUGACUAGUCCAGGCAAACCCAACGCACCGGAAAACUUUACGGUUCAAGCGCUGACGCCAACCCUUGCGGCGGUUUAUUGGAUGCCGCCUAAGGUAUUGAAUUGUGCGGCUGUGCACUACGAGGUGCACUGGAGAUCGCUUCUCUCGGUAAACGGGGUCCGACAGAAGGGCGAACAGCUGAUCAAGGAGCUCGAGCGCACGGAAGAUGGCAAGUUCUUUACGAUAUUGAAGCCGUUUCUGCCAGGCCAGGAUUAUCUGGUAUAUGUGCGUGUGUAUCCCGUCAACUUCAGCGAUUUGUACAAUGAAACUCUUACGAAAACUAUUCACAUGUACUCGGAACCGAACAAUUUAACUGUGAGCGGAAUCAGCAUGAACAGUAUAAACAUCUCUUGGAUCCUGAGCGACAAUCUGACGAUCGAUUACAGGCUGGAGUACAAGGAUGUUGCGAUGGACACGUGGCAAAUCGCAGACAGUUUUGAGGUGAAACAGUACAAUAUAACAUAUCAUAUAAAAGAUUUACAACCGCGUACGUUGUAUAGAUUUCGCCUGAUACUGAGAUACCCCGCGUACAAGGAGGACUUUAUAUGGCCAUCUGAUGGGAGAUUUACAUUUCAAACGCUAGGGGAUGUCCCGAGCGCUCCUGGAAAACCUACGGUAACAAGACUUCGAAAUUUGGUUUACCAAUUAAAUUGGGAACCUGCACAAGCUCACGGUUCACAAAUAACUUUGUAUCGAUUGGAAGGCUUAAUCACUGACGACAAUAACAAACAAGAUAACGAAGCCGGUGAGAAUGAGCACUGGAAUUUAUAUUAUAACGGAACGGACAGUUACUGGAUAAUUACCGGGGAUAUGGAUCAGAAAUAUAUAAAAUUUCGUGUGCGAGCUAAAAAUGCAUAUGGUUUCGGCGCUUGGAGUGAAUCAAGCUCGAUCAUUGAUCUAACAGAAUCUACCGGAGGAUUAAUAAAUAUAACUACACAACCACACUUACCGUUAAUGUUAGGCCUCAUCGUGAUCGUUAUCAUAAUGCUGGCCUGUUUCUGCUAUUUUUUCUGCCCAGUUUACCGACAACGCAAAGAAGAUAAAAAGGCAGUUUUACCUCCGAUAAUAUCCGAUGUCGAAUUAGCAACUCUUCGCGAAAUACCUCGCGGGAACUUCGUUCAAUCCAACGCAUUAUAUGCUUCUACAUUGCAAAAUGAUCCAGAUGAUUCUGCAUUGCCUAAAAUCAAACAAGAACAAAUUACAUUAGCAAAAUUUUUAGGCAGUGGUGCAUUCGGAAAGGUAUUUCAGGGAAAUGCCAAGGAUUUAGAACGACCGGGCAUAACGCCCGUCGCCAUAAAGAUGCUGCGAAAGGAUGCUUCUUCGCAAGAGAAGACGGAAUUUUUGCAAGAAGCGAGACUUAUGAGUCAUUUUCGACAUAAGCAUGUAUUAAGACUGCUAGGUGUUUGUUUGGAUACUGAUCCUCCCUUACUCGUGUUGGAAUUAAUGGAAGCUGGUGAUCUACUGAGUUAUUUGAGAGAGAGUCGAUCCUUGCAACCAACAGAUUCGCACGCUCUGCGUCUACAAGAUUUGCUCGCCAUGUGCGAAGACGUUGCGCGAGGCUGUCGUUAUCUAGAGGAGUUGCAUUUCGUGCACAGAGAUCUCGCAUGUAGGAAUUGUUUGGUGUCAGCGAGGGAUCGCGAGAAUCGUGUCGUGAAAAUUGGUGACUUCGGAUUAGCUAGAGAUAUUUACAAGAACGAUUAUUACCGCAAGGAAGGAGAAGGCCUGUUACCUGUUCGCUGGAUGGCACCGGAAUCCUUGGUGGACGGAAUAUUUACUUCACAGAGUGACGUUUGGGCAUUCGGCGUGCUAAUAUGGGAAAUUACGUCGUUGGGUCAGCAACCCUAUCCUGCCAGGACCAAUCUCGAAGUGUUACAUUACGUACGUGCGGGCGGAAGGCUGCCGAAACCCCUCAACUGUCCACCGACGUUGCAUCAAUUGAUGAUGCGUUGCUGGAGCGCAGCGGAUGCUAGACCAAGCUUUAAGAUUUGUCUAGAAAACAUUGUCGCGUUGAGAAGCAAUAUAGAAGACGCAAUAUUAAGCCCAGUGCAUACUGGACAUUAUUUGACCCGCAGAGGAAACUCCUGGAAAUCUAGCAGCUCUGAGGGAAGCCGAGAUAUACAACCUUUUCUCCAAAACUCGAACUAUGCCAUGCUCAACCCGCAAUCCGGUGAGAUUCCGAAGUAUCUAGAAUUAUUAGCAGAUAACGAGGAUGUCGUCUCAAAAGAAAAUCCUCUGAGUGGUUACGAAGUACCUCGUUCGAGUCACAUCUCGGAUCAAAAUUUGGCAAAUAUAAGCAGGAUUAAUUGCACGAAUCAAGAUCGUAAAUGCAGUUUACCCACCGAGAUCACACAGGAACAUAAGGAACAUUCCACGGGAGAACGAAAGCAAUCUGAUGGAAAAUUAUACGAAAAGAGAUCAUCGAUCACUAGUCUGAAUUUGCCAGAUCGAAAGGGUGCGUCGAUUUCGGGGAUACCAAAAAAAUACAACACGUUGGACAACUCUAAAUCGGUGAGCUCAGUUGCAAAGACGGCACCGAAAGGGGACUCCUUCUCGUCCUUAAACGGACGAAAAUACAGGAUUAACUUGAGCGAGCGAAGGGAUUCUGAGACGAGUAUCGAGGGUAGAAGCUCUAGCUCGCACAGCUUGGCGCCUUCUACACGUCCCAGUUCGUCUUUGAUCAGUUCGCAGACGGUCCUUCCAUGCCUGAAGAUCAAUGUCCUCGCGAACGUUGCAGGAAACGGAGAAAUGCCUUCGAACGAGAGCGCGGUGACAAAGUGUACGUUACCAAAGAUCCAAAAGACUCACUCCAACUUGCAGAAUGGCAAGGCAAAUAUACCGCUCAUGAUAAAUAGCGCGUUGUUUAAUAUGCUGCGACAGACGCCUGUAGUUGAGGAGGGCAAUAACAUUGUCACGUAUACAAAUAUAAAUACGGACGCUGUCAGAGUGAAUGGAUCGUGAAUCGCUGACCGUAGCGGAUCUAAAAAUAAGAUUCCUAUGAAUUAUAUAUUUUUGAGUUUACGAGUGACGUAAGUCGAUAAUUAAUUAAUGUUCUGAGUUACACUCGCGAGUAGAUCUAUAAGACUUGGGACAACAAAUAAUUACAUGACAAUAAAUUUCUAGACCAUUGCGAGGUACUAUUUUUCGUGACAUUUCUUCUUUGUGAUUGCUAUGGUAGGCCUAUUUUAUUAAGGCCUACUCAGGAUUUGUUUUAUUAAUUUGUUGAAAGAUAUAACUAAUACAAUUUUGCUCAAAAAUUUUUCCUUUCUUUUAUCUUAGCAUGGUGCCUUAAAUAUAUAUCAAAUAAUGCACAUUCAACAGAUUAAAAAACCAAGCAUGUUAUGUGUAAAGAAAAUGAAAAGUUGCGAAGGGCGGAGUUAAAUAGCUUUAAACUGCCAUUAUAAUGUACAUAUAUAUAUAUAAACUUUUAUACUCAAAAAGUUAUGCAACUUAUGGCAGAUCGUUUUGUGACAUAUAGAUAUUGUGCGAUUUCAGUAAUAUAAUCGCGAACCUGUUAUUUAAUAUAAGAAUGAUAUAGUAAUGAAGAAUGAUAAAUGUGAAGUACAGUUUAAUUUAAUAAUCACUACAUUUCAAAUAACAUAUUUAUUGAAUAACUUACGAAAUUUCUCACUGUUCAUUGUACAAAUUUCACAUUUGAUAAUUAUUAAAGAAUAAUAUGGAAAGCUAUAUAAGAAAUUGUUAAGUUUUCUAUAUAGUUUUAAUAAUAUAAAAGUGUACGUGUGUAUAAUCUUUUACUUUAAAAAGAUAAGUUUUUGAAUGUAUAAAAUCUUGUGAAAUUU